AUGCAGCCAGCUGCAGCCAAAGUACCGCUCAUCCACAGAACACCGUUUUCUGUGGAGGACAUUUUGGACCCGACAAAAUUCACAAGGAAAAUAUUCAGUGCUGAUGCUUCAACAGCUACAGGAGUCUCUACUAAAAGAGAUGAAGCCGGAGAGAAGCAGCAUCCUCUGGCAGGUGAAAGCUGCAGCCCGGAGGACGCAGCUCUGGCUCCGGAGAAGCUUCAGAGGUCAAAGGCAAAAAGCCGACGGAUCCGCACCGCCUUCACCCUGGAACAGCUGCAGAUCCUGGAGCACAGCUUCCACAGGUGCCACUACCUGUCGGUGUUGGAGCGACACACCAUCGCCUCGGCCCUCCGCCUCUCCGAGACUCAGGUCAAGAUCUGGUUUCAGAACAGACGCACCAAGUGGAAGAAGGAGCGUCUGCAGGGGAACGAGCCAGAAGAUGAACCCGGCUUCACACCAUCCUUCUCCUCACAUCCUGUGGUCUGCUCAUCCCUGACCUUCAGCCCUCUUUACUGCCAGCAGCGCGCUCCGCUCCAGCUGUCUGCGCCACUGCCGCUGCGGCCCUGUCAUCUCUAUUACAGGCUCCAUGCUGCGUAA